CUGUAGGACUACGUGCAGUGCUCUGGACAGUUGGUGCGUCAAUGGGCGUCAAUGGGGUCGCCAACCUUGAGGCGUGCUGGCAGCCAUGCCGCUGUUUCAGGCCACUUUCUGCCACCAUCCCACCGCUUGCCUUUUGUUGGAAGAUGAGAUGGAGUAGAUCUGGCCUAUGAGGAGGACAAGGAGGGCCUUUAUGCGGGUCGCAGGCUGGUUAUCCCUAGGGGCGGAAUAUUUCAGGAUCGGAACAGGGACGCAAGGGGCGGUGCCACAAGCUGCAAGAACGUAGGGCACUGAAGCAGAAGAGAAGAAGUGCGUGUAGUAUCGGACAAUGGUCUGCACAGCCCCUGGUUCUGAUGCAAACCUUUCAACUUCAGACAUUCCUGGUCCAACCUCAAGGUUGUGUUUGAGUAGUGCGCCGGGACUGUUCUCCGGCUGUUGUUCUGCUCCUGAUGAAGAAGGCGCUGGGGCUGGGGGGGAAGCCCUGGAGCGUUGUGGGACUGUGCCGCGCCGCGUUCUUCAUGCUGCUCGCAUUCACACUAGGCCUUCAGCUGCUAUGCCUGACCGUAGCGGACUUUCGAGGCAUCGGGCCCAGCAAGCAAGGCUCUUUGGGCCCCAGCGUAGGUUACUUCGCAGCGGCAGGCCGGCUGCUGAGAGAGCCUAUCAAGUCGGGACUCCGGCUUCCAGUUGACAAAGUGCCUCCCCUGGCAGUGCUCACAGGCGCCGCAGCAAAGGCUGUGGGGGCCGUCGAGGCAGCUGGGGAGCAGACCGCACAGAGUAGGACAGACAGCCAUGGUAGCACAGGACAGCACCACGAUAUCGACGGUGGGACUGGCAGUGGACAGGCGCAAAGUGGUCGAACGGGGGUGGACGCAGCAGACAGCAGUAAACAAGUUACACUGAGAAAAGUUGAACAAGACGGGGUAGUGAGCGCCGCACGUUCGGACAGCGGUCCGGAUAAGGGCUUCCCCCACCUCGCAGCGGGGGCUCGGUCCGUGCUCGAGGCUCCCCCCGGCAAGGCGCGCACGCGGGGCACUCGCGGCAAGGACGGCAAGAAAGUGGACAGCGGCGACCCGGCCGUGCUGCAAAAGUACUUGCGGCGCUAUGUGAACCUCGGCAAGGCGUAUAUGGCAAUUGCGGAGGAGUACGAGGACGCUGACCUGGCGACCGACUUUGCGGGGCAGCUGCAGGGGGGUUGCCAGGCCGCCCUGCUGGCGGGCCUGCGGGUGUCCCCCCCCGAGGCGCGCGGGUGCAUGGAGGCGCUGAAAGUGCUGAUUGUGCGCGGGAAGGAGGCGGAGUAUGACAGCGCGGCGGUGGUCGCGAAGCUGCGGCAGAAACUAGAGGCGGCGGAGGCGCAGACCAAGACGGUGGACCUGCAGAGCAAGCUGUUCAGCCAGAUGGCGGCGAAAGCCGUGCCCAAGGGCAUGCACUGCCUCGCCAUGAAGCUCAUGGUGGAACACAUGCAGCACCCGGACAUCGCCACUCGUUCUCGCUCCGCCGAUCCAGAGACCGUUGGCAACCCCGCGCUGCACCACUACGCACUGUUUUCGGACAACGUGCUGGCGACUGCCGUGGUCGUCAACAGCACCGCGCAGGCGGCGGCGGACCCGUCACGGCAUGUGUUCCACAUAGUGACGGACCGCAUGAACCUGGGGGCCAUGCAGGCGUGGUUCGUGCUCAACCCGCCGCGCAACAUGACGGUGGACAUCAAGUCGCUCGACGAUUUUGAGUGGAUCAACCCGCAGUACGUGCCGGUGCUGCGACAGAUCGAGCAGGCCAACAUGCGCAACUUUUACUUCCGCUCCGCCAUGGUCGACAUCGAGAGCCGCGAGGGGCAGGACCCGACGGCGCUGGCCAACUUCAAGUACCGCAACCCCAAGUACCUCUCCAUCCUGAACCACUUGCGCUUCUACCUGCCCAAGAUGUUCCCGCACCUGCCCAAAGUGCUCUUCCUCGACGAGGACGUCGUCGUGCAGCGCGACCUGUCCCCGCUGUGGGCGAUUCCGAUGGGGGACAACGUGAACCUGGCCGUCGAGACGUGCGGCGAGGUGUUUCACCGCUUCCACACAUACCUCAACUUCAGCAACCCCCUGAUCGCGGACCGGUUCGACCCCCAAGGAUGCGGCUGGGCCUUCGGGAUGAACCUGUUCAAUCUGGAGGCGUGGCGCGCGGGGGAUUACACCGAGGUCUACCACGACUGGCAGCAAAAGAACAUUGACCGCCAGCUGUGGCGCCUCGGCACGCUGCCGCCCGCACUGAUGACGUUCUACGGCAAGACGCAAGUGCUGGACAAGUCGUGGCACCUGCUGGGCCUAGGAUGCAACCCGAACGUGAGCAUAGACGCGAUAGAGAAGGCAGCGGUGCUGCACUACAACGGGCACGCCAAGCCAUGGCUAGAGCUAGCGAUGAAACAGUACCAAGGGUACUGGACGCGACAUGUCGCCUACUGGCACCAAUUCUUGCAGCAAUGCAACAUAAUGCCGCCCUAAACCACCGGGGCUGAGAGUGUAGAUCGAGUUUACUGAGUGUCGUCGUUGGGCUGCUUUAGUCCCGCAGCCGCUUGUCGUCUAACUAAUUAUAGCAUCGCGGGUUUGCCAUGCGCUCAAAUACGGUGACAGCAUAAUUAGUUGAAGCAUGAGUUUGUUGCUGGCUAGCAGCUAGAAACCAAGUUAGACUUAGACAACCGACCUAGCUAAGAUUAACAAACCAAUAAGUACCCUAUGUGCAAGGCGGAUUACAGAUAGUUGGAUCCGUCAUGAAAGCUGACGAUUCGAAUUUGGCAAUCUUGCAUAUUGAGCGAUCGACUCGGUCAACGGUCGUCAGAUUCUGUCA